UUAAUAUUUAAAUUAAUUUUUUAUUCUGAUACCGUAUUAAAUAGACGACGAUCCUAUGUUUAGCACUUAUAAAGAGAGAGGCAAAAAAGGAAGAAGAGGAAGAAGAAGAAGAGUGAGAGUUGGGAGGAAUGGAUCCGGAUCCCCUCCUCGCCGGAUCGGAGGCGUUGAUCGGCGUCGUCGACUACCGCUGCCGCCCUGUCCGCCGCUCCUCCUCUGGCCGCUGGACCGCCGCGCUCUUCGUCAUGGGGCUCGAGUUCGCGGUGCGGUUCGCGUACUACGGCGUGUCAUCGAACCUGAUCACGUACCUGACGGGGCCGCUGGGGCAGUCGACUGCCGCCGCCGCCGCCGCCGUGAACGCGUGGUCGGGCGCCGCGUCCAUGCUGCCGCUGCUCGGCGCCUUCGUCGCCGACUCCUUCCUCGGCCGCUACCGGACCAUCGUCCUCGCCGCCCUCCUCUACACGGCGGGCUACGGCAUGUUAGCUCUCUCAUCCACACUCCCAUUUCUCCGCCCUCCGAAAUGCAUGGACUCCGCGAAUUCUUCAACAUGCCAACCUUCGCCUUUUCAAGUGGGCUUCUUCUACGUAUCUCUCUAUCUCGUAGCCUUUGCUCAAGGCGGCGACAAGUCUUGCGGACUAGCAUUCGGAGCCGACCAAUUCGACCAGAAUGAGCCAAAGGAGUGCGCCUCGCGAGGCUCCUUCUUUAACUGGUGGUAUUUUGUCACGUCCACGGGCAUGACUGUUGCAUUUGUCAUACUAAGUUAUGUUCAGGAUAACGUCGGUUGGGGCCUCGGCUUUGGAAUACCUACUAUUAUUAUGUCCUUCGCUCUUGUUGUCUUCUUGCUCGGGACGAAGACGUAUAGAAUUUACGUAGUGGAACAAGAGAGCCCCUUUGCCCGAAUAGGCAAGGCGUUCGUAUCGUUGGCGAGGAGUUGGAAAGCGAGCCUUCUUCGGCCGAGAGAAGAUAUAGAAAGACAACAACAUGAAUCUUCGACUAGGGGAGAUGAAUGUGAACAAAGUCGCAUGGAGGAAGCCAAGAGAGUGCUCCGAUUGUUCCCGAUAUGGGCGACGAGCUUAGUAUACGCCGUCACUUUCGCUCAAUUGGCCACCUUCUUCACUAAGCAAGGAAGGACUUUAGAUAGAAGCAUCACUUCAAGCAUACAAGUUCCACCCGCGGCUCUCCAAAGCUUCGGAAGUCUCACUAUCAUGGCCUUCGUCCCCAUAUACGAUCGGUUCCUCGUGCCCUUAGCUCGGAAGUUCUCGAAGCUACAUUCGGGCAUCACCACGCUUCAAAGAGUUGGCAUCGGAAUGGCCAUAUCCUUUAUCUCAAUGGUAGUAGCAGCUCUUGUGGAAAUGAAGAGGCUUCAGACGGCUCGAGAUUUCGGCUUGAUCGACGAGCCAAAUGACACUAUUCCGAUGAGCUUUUGGUGGUUGGUUCCUCAAUACAUGCUCAUUGGGCUCGCCGAUGUGUUUACAGUAGUAGGAUUGCAGGAGUUCUUCUACGAUCAGGUCCCCGACGGUUUAAGAAGCCUCGGCAUCGCUCUCUACAUGAGCAUACUAGGGAUCGGUAGUUUUAUCAGCAGUGUUCUCAUUUUCGUGAUCGAUGAAAUGACAAGCAAGAAUGGUGAUAGUUGGUUCUCGAAUAACUUAAACCGAGCGCAUCUCGACUACUUCUAUUUGCUUCUCGCGGGUCUCGGUGUUUUAGAAUUAUGCUUAUUCUUGUACUUUACGCGCAAUUACGACUAUAAGAAGAAGAUUGUUUUCUGAUAGAAUGAGUACUUGGAGAAAUAUAAUCUUGAGUACAUAUUUCCACAACAUUGUAAAAGUUCUUUGGUGAUUAUAGGGUGCUCUACAUUCUUGUAUAAAUUUCAAAUUUGAAGCAAAAUAUUCACUUCAUUUUGUC